ACCAACACCUCCCUCUACGUGUCCACUAAACCUUCCAUUUCCAUCAAUUACACUCUUUCCUUCCCAGGAAAACAGUCAUUAUCCUACUCCACCUCGAAAAAGGCAAAACCCAAUCUCUAAUUUCUCCUUUAUAGUUGUUUUGUUACUGUCAUUGCUCUGUUGGGUCACUUCCUUUUUCUUUCUUUGCUUUUGUUUUGUGUUUUUGGAGGGAGAAGAGAGAUCAUGGAUCAUGCAGCAGAUGCUCAUAGGACUGAUUUGAUGACCAUAACACGUUUCGUGUUGAACGAGCAAUCCAAAUAUCCCGAGUCUCGUGGUGAUUUCACCAUCUUGCUCAAUCACAUCGUUCUUGGUUGCAAGUUUGUUUGCUCUUCUGUUAACAAGGCUGGUCUUGCCAAACUCAUUGGACUUGCUGGGGAGAUCAAUAUUCAGGGUGAGGAGCAGAAGAAACUGGAUGUGCUUUCAAAUGAAGUCUUUAUCAAGGCUUUAGUGAGCAGUGGCAGAACUUGCAUCCUUGUCUCGGAAGAAGAUGAAGAUGCAAUUAUUGUGGAGCCCUCAAAGCGUGGAAGGUACUGUGUAGUUUUCGAUCCACUCGACGGUUCCUCCAACAUUGAUUGUGGUGUUUCUAUUGGAACAAUUUUUGGGAUUUACAUGGUGAAAGAUGACCAUGAACCAACACUAGCUGAUGUGCUGCAACCUGGGAAGCAAAUGGUAGCUGCUGGCUAUUGCAUGUAUGGAAGUUCUUGCACGCUUGUGUUGAGCACUGGGAAAGGAGUUAAUGGAUUCACCCUUGAUCCAUCUCUUGGCGAGUUCAUACUAACUCACCCAGACAUCAGGAUUCCAAAGAAAGGGAAGAUCUAUUCAGUAAAUGAAGGAAAUGCAAAGAAUUGGGACGGACCAACGGCUAAGUAUGUCGAAAAUUGUAAGUUCCCUAAGGAUGGUUCCCCUUCGAAGUCUCUGAGAUAUAUUGGAAGCAUGGUAGCGGAUGUCCAUCGCACGAUACUCUACGGCGGGACCUUUAUGUACCCUGCUGAUAAGAAGAGCCCCAGUGGGAAGCUGCGUGUUCUCUAUGAAGUCUUUCCAAUGUCCUUUUUGAUGGAAAAUGCCGGAGGUCAAGCGUUCACUGGAAAGCAACGGGCACUUGACUUGGUUCCAACUAAGAUACAUGAUAGGUCACCAAUAUUUCUUGGCAGCUAUGAUGAUAUUGAAGAAAUUAAAGCACUCUAUGCUGCUGAAGGGAAAGAGGAAUGAGUGUACAAUUCUCAUUCUUCUCCCACUCUAUCUUUACUGGAUUCAGGUUUCAAUCAUCAAAGUAUUUAACCCAUUUCAAAGCUUAUUUUGUAAUGGGAUACUAUAUUUAUAUUGAACAAUAGUUAAGUUCCCCCAAAAGAUAUGGGAUGAGAAUAAAAAAAAAAGUUAUUUUAA